GAUGUGGGGCUCGACCCCGGGAUCACAACCCGAGCCAAAGGCAGCCACCCAACCGACUGAGCCACCCAGGCACCCCGAGAUUAUAUGCUUCUUGCACAUAGGAGAUGAGUUUGAAGAGGUGGGGAUUGGGAGACUGUCCUUAGAUACCAUGUUAAGAAGAUUGGAUUUUUUUCCUGUAGAGACAUGUGUUACUUCAGAUUCUCUCUGGAGAAACAGAACUACCAAGGGGUGUGUGUGUGUGUGUGUGUGUGUGCAUGUGUGUAUACAGAGAGAGAGAGAGAGAGAUUUAUUUUAAGGAAUUGGCUCAUGAGAUUGUGGAGGAUUGGCUAGUUUAAAAACUGCUGGGGGCUAGGCCGCCUGGACGCGGAGAAGACAGGAGUAGCGAGCCACUGAAUAAGCUUCCAAAAUGAUGCCCACACCAGUUAUCCUGUGGAAAGAGGGGACCAGUGGCUCCCAAGGCAUCCCCCAGCUUGUAAGUAACAUCAGUGCCUGCCAGGUGAUCGUGGAGGCUGUAGGAACCACCCUGAGCCCUCAUGGCAUGGACAAGCUGAUUGUAGAUGGCCAAGGCAAAGCAAUAAUUUCUAAUGAUGGGGCCACAAUUCUGAAACUCCUUGAUGUUGUCCAUCCUGCAGCAAAGACUUUAGUGGACAUUGCCAAAUCCCAAGAUGCUGAGGUCAGUGAUGGUACCACCUCAGUGACCUUCUUGGCUGCAGAGUUUCUGAAGCAAGUGAAACCCUAUGUAGAGGAAGGUUUGCACCCACAGAUCAUCUGAGCUUUCCGUACUGCCACCCAGUUGGCAGUUAACAAGAUCAAAGAGGUUGCUAUGACUGUGAAGAAGGAAGAUAAAGUGGAGCAGAGGAAGCUGCUGGAGAAGUGUGCCAUGACCGCUCUGAGCGCCAAGCUGAUUUCCCAGCAGAAAGCCUUCUUCACUAAGAUGGUGGUGGAUGCGGUGAUAAUGCUGGACGAUUUGUUGCAGCUUAAAAUGAUUGGAAUCAAGAAGGUGCAAGGUGGUGUCCUAGAGGAGUCCCAGCUGGUAGCUGGCAUCGCAUUCAAGAAGACUUUCUCUUAUGCUGGGUUUGAAAUGCAACCCAAAAAGUACAAUAAUCCGAUGAUUGCCCUUUUAAAUGUUGAGCUUGAGCUGAAAGCUGAGAAAGAUAAUGCUGAAAUCAGAGUCCACAUGGUUGAGGAUUAUCAGGCAAUCGUUGAUGCUGAAUGGAAUUAUGACAAGUUAGAGAGGAUGCAUCAUUCUGGAGCCAAAGUCUUGUCCAUACUCCCCAUCGGGGAUGUGGCCACCCAGUACUUUGCCGACAGGGACAUGUUCUGUGCUGGCCAAGUGCUGGAGGAGGAUCUGAAGAGGACGAUGAUGGCCUGCAGAGGCUCCAUCCAAACGAGUGUGAAUGUUCUGUCGUCAGAUGUGCUGGGCCGCUGCCAGGUCUUUGAAGAGACCCAGAUUGGAGGCGAGAGGUACAAUUUCUUCACUAGCUGCCCCAAGGCCAAGACUUGCGCUAUCAUCCUUCGUGGUGGUGCUGAGCAGUUUAUGGAGGAGACAGAGCGGUCCCUGCAUGACGCCAUCAUGAUUGCCAGGAGGGCCAUCAAGAACGAUUCAGUGGUGGCUGGUGGCGGGGCCGUUGAGAUGGAGCUCUCCAAGUACCUGCGGGAUUACUCAAGGACCAUUCCAGGAAAACAGCAGCUGUUGAUUGGGGCAUAUGCCAAGGCCUUGGAAAUUAUCCCACGCCAGCUGUGUGACAAUGCUGGCUUUGAUGCCACAAACAUCCUCAACAAGCUGCAGGCGUGGCAUGCCCAGGGGGGCAUGUGGUAUGGAGUGGACAUCAACAACGAGGACAUUGCUGACAACUUCGAGGCCUUCGUGUGGGAGCCAGCCAUGGUGCGCAUCCGUGCCCUGACCACAGCCUCUGAGGCCGCCUGCCUUAUCGUGUCAAUAGAUGAAACCAUCAAAAACCCUCUCUCAACAGUGGACACUCCCCCAGCUGCGGGCCGUGGCCGGGGCCGGGGCUGGGGCCACCCUCAUUGAGAGUGGCUGGCAGGCUGGCUGCAGGAUGUGCUUACUCUCCCUGUAUUGGUCCAUUGGUAUUAUGAGGAAGGGGUAGUAAUUAGCCCACUCUGUUCUCACUGGAUGUUAUUUAAAUAAAUGUAAGACUUAGGAAAAAAAAAAAACUGAUGGGGCAGGGUAGCAGGCUGGCAGGCUGGAGACUCAGGGAAUUGCAUUGAGUUCAAAGGCAGCGUGCUA